CGGCGCCCGGCGGCGCCGGCGCAGCCGAGCAGCUGUGCUUCAAGGCGACAGAAUGGGUGGAGAUUUCGGACCGGGACGCGCGGGCCUAUUGGCAGCCGGCCACGGGCGUGACGCGUGUGGACGUGCCGCCCGCGACGAGGGUGGCAUGGAGAUACGUGCGCGAGCCGCAGAGCGUCAUUCCGCAUUACGUCCACGUCAGGACGGGCGCCUUGCUGCGGGAGCUGCCCCUCCGCGGCGAUCCCGCGUCGCGCCUGCCCGAGGUCGCCCGCAGCGCCUGGGUCGAGCGGCAGGCCUACGAGGGCGGCAGGCAGUGGACGUAUUAUUUCAACCUCCACACGCUGGACCUCGUGUCCCACCAGCUGCCCGCGGGCCACACCACCGUGCGGGGCCCGUGGGAGGCGCCCCCUCCCCGCCUGGCGCCCCGGCUGUCCGAGCACGUGAAGUCGCCGGGGGGGCGCUACCUCCAGGUCGGAGCCCCCGUGCAGCUUCUGGAUUUGUGCAGCGGCCGGCACCUGAACGGCCAGGCGGCGAACGUGCUGAAACUCUGCGGCGAGAAGGUCAUCGUGCAGCUCCCGCGCGAGCUUGGCGGCAGGAUGUUCGCGGUGCCCUGGGGCUGCGCCAGGCCACUACAAGAGGGCGCCAUCGUGGAGCUGAGAGGGCUGAAGGAGAACCAUGAGUUCAACGGGCGUAGAGGCACCGUGCGCUCCGCGGGCUACCUUGAUGGCCAGGGGUACACGGUGCGGCUGGACGACGGUACUCAGCACACCGUCGAUUGCAGG